GCUCGUCCCUCUCCCCGCUCCUUUAGUGAAAGAAUCCAGCGCCGCUCGGGAAAGUUACCUGUGCGCGUCCGGCCCGGCCGCUCUCCCGUGCCGAGCCCCGCUGGCGCCCCAGCCCCGCCGCUCCCCACAUGCCAGGGGGAGGGGGCUCUACCUGUCCUGCCUCGGCGGCUGGCUGCGGAGCCGGGAGAGGGGGGGAAGGAAAGCAGAAUUACCAGUAGCUCUGGUUCUGCCGUCCCGGGCGUUCACACGCACACCUUCACCUGCACAGACCUGAAAGUCCAGUUCCGCCAGGGAGACGGAGGCACCGGGAAAAGGGGAGAGAGUUCAUUGGAUCAAACAUGUCACAAGAGACGGACAAUAACAAGCGACUUGUGGCCUUAGUGCCAAAUGACACUUCAUUCAACACCAGACGAGCCUACACCAGCGAAGAUGAAGCCUGGAAGUCGUAUUUGGAGAAUCCCCUAACAGCAGCUACCAAGGCUAUGAUGAGCAUAAAUGGUGAUGAGGACAGUGCUGCUGCUCUUGGCCUAUUGUAUGACUAUUAUAAAGUUCCCAGAGAUAAAAGGCUGUUGUCUGUUAACAAAGUGAGUGAUAAUCAAGAAGACCAAGAUAAAAGAAAUUGUCUUAAUACCACGGAAGCUCAGAAUAGUUUAAGUGGGGGAGAGAACCGUGUGCAAGUCCUGAAGACGGUGCCAGUUAACCUUUCCUUGAACCAAGAUCCUUUGGAGUCAUCCAAAAGGGAAUACAACACAAAUGUGUCUGGAAGCUCAACGCCCAUCACGGGGACCGGAGUGACUGUUGUUAAAGCAGAGGAAUUUACCCCUGUUUUUAUAACCCCACAAACACACUAUGCAAGAGGAGAAAAUGAGGAGCACCGAGGCGUUAUCUUUGAACACUACGAAGUGUCCAACAUUGCUCCCCACACAAAUUAUCUCAAAGAUGACCAACGCAGUACUCCUGACAGUACCUACAGCGACACCUUCAAAGAUGGAGGAACAGAAAAGUAUCGGAGUGUGUCAGUGGGGGCUGAAGAAUAUAUUUAUGAACAAACAAGCAGCACUUUUCAGUAUACGCUAGAAGCUACCAAGUCUCUGCGUCAAAAGCAAGGGGAGGGGCCCAUGACCUACUUGAACAAAGGACAGUUCUACGCCAUCACCCUGAGUGAGACGGGUGACAACAAAUGUUUCCGGCAUCCCAUCAGCAAAGUCAGGAGUGUGGUCAUGGUUGUUUUUAGUGAGGAUAAAAACAGAGAUGAACAGCUGAAAUACUGGAAGUACUGGCAUUCCCGGCAGCACACGGCUAAACAGAGGGUCCUCGACAUUGCUGAUUACAAGGAGAGUUUUAAUACCAUUGGGAACAUUGAAGAAAUUGCAUUCAAUGCCGUGUCCUUUACUUGGGAUGUCAAUGAGGAGGCAAAGAUUUUCAUCACAGUGAAUUGCUUGAGCACAGACUUCUCCUCACAAAAAGGAGUAAAAGGGCUUCCUUUGAUGAUUCAGAUUGAUACGUACAGCUACAACAACCGCAGCAAUAAACCCAUCCACAGAGCCUAUUGCCAGAUCAAGGUCUUUUGUGACAAGGGAGCAGAAAGGAAAAUCCGAGAUGAAGAGAGAAAGCAGAACAGGAAGAAAGGCAAAGGCCAGGCAUCCCAAGCCUCGUGUAAUAAUGCUGAAGGGAAGUUGAGUGCACUCCCUUUGCAGAAAAAGAGUGAUAUCACCUUCUUCAAAACAAUGGCUGACCUGGAUUCCCAACCAGUUCUCUUCAUACCGGAUGUUCACUUUGGAAACCUACAAAGAACUGGACAGGUUUACUAUAAUACAGAUGAUGAGAGAGAAGGUAGCAGUGUCCUGGUCAAAAGGAUGUUCCGGCCUGUGGAGGAGGAAUUUGGUCCAUCCCCGUUGAAACAAGUGAAAGAAGAAGGCCUGAAAAGAGUGCUUUUGUAUGUGAGGAAGGAGACAGAUGAGGUGUUUGAUGCUUUGAUGCUGAAAUCACCCACAGUAAAGGGGCUAAUGGAAGCUAUCUCUGAGAAAUAUGGGCUGCCAGUUGAAAAGAUUGCAAAACUUUAUAAGAAGAGCAAAAAGGGUAUCCUGGUAAACAUGGAUGACAACAUUAUUGAGCACUACUCCAACGAGGACACGUUCAUCCUGCACAUGGAGAGCAUGGUCGAAGGCUUCAAGAUCACACUGACAGAGAUCUAG